AUGAAAACGAUAGAUUUAUCUGGGGAAAUACCUAGUAAUGAGCAAAUUAAAUUAAGUGAAGUCUCCAAGAUAAUUUUUAAAUCAAGGAAAGCCGUGGUAUUGACGGGAGCUGGGAUAUCAUGCAAUGCUGGGAUUCCCGACUUUAGAUCAAGCGAUGGGUUGUACAAUAUGGUGAAAAGUAAGUUUCCUAAGAAAAUAGUGAAGGGUCAGGACUUGUUCGAUAUAUCGAUUUUCAGAGAUGAGGUGACACUUUCGUUGUUUUGUACUUUUAUGGAGUCGUUGUACCUGUCCAGCAUUGACGCCAAACCGACUGAAACGCAUAGGUUUAUUAAGAUAUUGAAAGAAAAAAAGAAGUUGCUCCGUUGUUACACCCAGAAUAUUGAUGGUUUGGAGGAUAAGAUGAAUUUGAAAAUGGGGAUCAACUUGAGUGAAUUUGAUUGCAAUGGACCGUUUAAUAAGACGUGGCAAGACUUGGAUGUGGUCCAGUUGCACGGAAAUAUCAACAACCUAGCAUGUACCCAGUGUUUUCAUAGUUUUAACUGGAACGUGGAAUACAGAGAGCAAUUCUCGAACGGGUCCAACCCGGAGUGUAAGAAUUGCUAUUUAAAAUAUCAAGAGAGAUUGUACCUGGGCAAGCGUUUGACAGGUAAUAUAGGCAUGUUGAGGCCUAAUAUUGUAUUGUAUGGAGAAAACCACCCACAAUCAGAAAUAUUAGCCAAUGGGUUAAAUAAGGAUGUAAAUUUAAAGCCGGAUUUGUUUAUUAUUAUGGGUACAUCCUUAAAAGUUGACGGGAUUAAGAGAUUGGUGAAGACUUUGGCACAAUCGGUGCAUAAUAGAGGUGGAACGGUCCUUUUUGUGAACAAGACCCCCAUAUCACAAGCCAUGUGGAGCAACAUUAUAGACUACGAAAUUCUAUGUGACUGUGAUGAGUUUGUGAAAUUAUUGAAGUAUGAAAUUCCGGAUCUUUUCCUUACUCAAGAACAAUUGGAUUCGAAGAAAUUAAAUCAAAACUUGGUUUCACCUCCAUUAUCCAAGGCCCAAAUCAAGAAAGAACAGAACUUAAAGUCUCAAAUUAAGAAAACGUCUACAAAAGUUUGUGUGAAGAAGGAGCCUAUAAGGCGAGUUAAAAAAGAACCGGUGAAGAAGGAGUCUAUACGGCGAGUUAAAAAGGGACCUAUAAAGCAAACUAUUAAGAAAGAUACCUCCAUACCGUCACAUAUAAAGCAAGAAAACUCACAAGCAUUGGAAUCCGUACAAAAUUCAAUGUGUCUGCAAAGUAAACAACAUAUCAAACUAGAGAGCUCUAUAUCUAGCUAA